AUGGUGUCCAGGCUCCUCCGGAAACGUCUUGUCGCUGUUGGCAUGGCCUACGGCUUCUUCUACGAGGGUGCUUUCUAUCCCCUUCUCUAUUACGCCUCUAUCUACUUUCAGGUUGUUGUGGGUGUCCACAAUCUUCCACUGCUCAUUAAUUGUGGUAUAGACUCCGGGCUUUCUGGUAUCCCCGUCUCGGUCUAUCGUCAUUAUGUUCCGCUUAUGUUGUGGGCAAGUGCUGGUGGCUGCAUUGGCUCGGGUCUUAUUUACACCCUUAAUGCUACCUCCCCGGCUGCUGCAUGGGUUUACUAUCAGGUUCUUGCCGGGCUUGCCUAUGGGUCUGGUCUGCUGUUGGCAAUCAUUGCUGCUCAGGGCAAAGUCUCAGCCAGAAGAACUUGCUUCAACUACAGCUAUGCUGUUAUCUCAUCGACUUCCCUGGGAGCUGGUCAAUCCGUACUGAGCAACCUCCUCUUAUCAAAACUUCCCUCCACGGCCCCUGGUGUCAACCCGCUCAGCGUUCUCGCCACAGGUGCCAUGGAAAUCCGGCACGUCUUCUCCGCUGAUGCUGUUCCAAGCAUUGUACAGGGCUAUCUAUACUGUCUACGGGCUGUCUUCUUGAUCGUUACAGCUUACGCUGGCAUCGUGGUAUUUUUCGCCGUUGCUAAUAGAUGA